GAGAGCGCGGGUGAUUCGGAGUUUGGGCGGCGAGGAGGGCGGAGUUCAGGCACCGGCGGGGGAAUCAUGUCUGUCCCGGUGGCUGAGUCUCCGUGGCCUCAGCCUCUCCAGCCGCUGAAAGAAGUGGAUAACUUGUUGCGUUGUGGAAUAUGCUUUGACUACUUCAAUAUUGCAAUGAUCAUUCCUCAGUGUUCACAUAAUUAUUGUUCUCUCUGCAUUCGCAAGUCCUUGUCCUACAAAACUCAGUGCCCUACAUGUUGUGUGGCAGCUACAGAACCUGACCUGAAAAAUAACCGGAUAUUAGAUGAACUGGUAAAAACCUUCGAUUAUGCAAGACAGCGGCUAUUCCAAGCAGUCUUAGAUCCUGCAGCACUUUCUUCUCCAAAGCUGCUUACCAAGAAGGCUUCUGCCCAAUUCCAUAUUUUGAGUUCCUCGGUUGGUCUUGUUUUAAAACAAGAACAGCAAUCUGCUGAUACCUUUAUAGUCAAAGAGAACAUUCCAGCCCAUAGAAGGCACUUAAACCCAUCUGAAAAGGAAAGUAAACAGAUCAAAAUGGAGCAGGAAGAGAUCCCAUGUGGCUCUCAAGAGGACCAAGAGACACUUUACACAGAAGCAGCAGGCACCAGAAACCCUGAAACUCCUUCCACAUCUGCAAUAAAAGUUAUCCCAAAGGUGGAGUGCCCUGUCUGCGGGGUUCCUGUUCAAGAACCUCACAUAAAUAAACACCUUGAUGGCUGCUUGACAAGAGAUGAGAAGAAAGACAGUCUCCGAAGCUCUGGACAGAAAAGAAAGCUACUGUCUAAAGUGGUGUACAGUUUACUAUCUGAUCGUGAUCUGAGAAGAAGGCUGAAAGAACUUGGACUGUCCACUCAGGGAACGAAACAACAGCUUAUUAAAAGGCACCAGGAGUUUGUGCACAUGUAUAAUUCAGAGUGUGAUUCUUUAAACCCCAAAUCAGUUGCUGAAAUUGUAGGAGAGCUGGAGAAAAAUGAGAAGACUCGAACACAACUGGAAUCCAGUAAACCUAGAAGAGGCAGUAUGACAUUUACAAAAAAACAGACCGAGAAAGAAAUAGAUGAAAUUCACAGAGAUUAUCGAAAAAAACAUAAAGCUGAAUUUCAGGCUUUAAUUGACCAAGUGAAUAAGAGAAAGAAAAAUGCAAGUAAAAUAAAGGAGGAAGGACAAGAGCAGGAAGAGGCAACUUCUCAAGAACUACCUAUGGAGACUGGAGAAAAACUGAGUGUCGAAGAACAAACAGACUUGGUCCCCCAUACAGAUUCCUCUUUCAAAAUAGACGCUCUCGAUUGUGGAGGAAGCCAACCUCCUGAUUACUCUGAAGUCAGAGGAUUGUUUCCUACUACCCCCCAUCAGUUCUCUGAAUCUUCAAGCAGCUCAAGUUCAGACAUCAUAAGAGAUUUGGAGAUUGCUGGGAGGUGUUCCGAUUCAUCAGAGAACAACAGUUUCCCAGAUAAGAAAAUGACCAAGCAAAAAUCACAACAGUCUAGAAGCAGCUUGUUACUGCCUAAGCAUAAGCGAAGAAAAGAAUAGCAAAGUUCCUGGAUACUACCUUGCAUUAAGAAAACUUCUAAAAUAUAACAUACUUGUAC